GAUGCCUCUUUCGACGCCUUUGUCGAAGCCACAAUGGCCGAGUUCAAGACCCCAGGAAUGGCCAUCCUGGUGGUCAACAAAGAUCGCAUAUCAGCGAAAGGCUACGGCUACUCUGACAUCUCACAAAAGACGCCAGUGACACCGCACACCCUCUUCUAUGCAGCCUCGACCACGAAAUCAUUCACAUCUGCCAUGGCCGCACACCUGGUGGAGUCCACCGACCAUCCGACGAUCAAAUGGGAUACACCCCUCGCGGAGUUGAUUCGGGAUGAUUUCGUUCUCGACCAGUCGACUCCGGAAGGUCGAUGGGCUACAGACCAUGUCACUGUCGAAGACGCACUUUCGCAUCGGACGGGCUUGUCGGGAAACGACAUGAUUUGGAACAAUGGUGUGGUCUCUAAUCGGGACAUUGUGAGAGCUCUUCGACAUGUACCAGUCAAAUCUCAGCUGCGAUCAAGGUUCGCUUAUGCCAAUAAUCCUUACACGGCCGUAGCUCAUGCUGUAUCCACGACGCUGGACAGACCUUUCGGUGACCUGCUCAAGGAGAACAUCUUCGACCCGCUGAAUAUGGAGCACACCAUCUACUCUCUCGACGACGCUAGGACCAUAGUGGAGAAGAGCGACCAUGUGAACUUGGCUCGAGCAUACAUCUGGGACGACUCCUCUCAAUCUCACAAACUCACCGACUGGGACAACCUCCCUCCCUCCAACGGCGCAGGCGGCAUCAUCUCCAACGUUCUAGACUACAGUCGCUGGGUCCGGCAUCUCAUGAAGCCUUCAGAUCGCACUCUCGCUCUGAGCAAGAAUGCGGUCAAAGCCAUGCGUACGCCUCGGAUCAUGGUGCCGCCCGACGAAACCCAUGUGGGCGCGCAAGCCUACUGUCUAGGAUUAUUCUCCCAAGUCUACCGCGGCCGAGAGACCUUAGAGCACGGCGGCGCCAUAGGCGGGUUCAUGACGGAAAUGACUAUGGUGCCACCUACUGCGGAAGAUAUCAAACAAGGUCGCGGCGACGCCGGCUGGGCUGUCAUCGUGAUGCAGAACACUUAUAGUUCCGCGGCAGGAAUCGUGGUUUGGCACCUUCUGGACGAAUAUCUGCAAGUCCCAGUCGCCGAGCGACCUGACAGAGUAGAAAGGGCAAAGGAAAGACAGGUCAACGCCGAGGAGACUCUGCUGCCCGAGAACGUCGUGAAGCGACUUUUCGGAUUCACCGCUCCGGCAACUUCUAUACAGCCUGCAUUGGAUCUUGAGAGCUAUCAAGGAAUCUACAGUCAUCCAGCUCACCACAAGUUAAAGAUCACAGUCGAU